AUGGUAACGGAAUCCAAAUUUACAGAUAAAGAUGAAAAAUCGGAAAAUAUAGUUAGUGUUUACAACCUUCCAUCAAUAUAUGAUGAGUCGGAUGUUCACAGCCUAUUCGCAAACGUAGGAACGGUGGUAGAAUGCUCUAUUGAACACGACACACCUGAAUCGAGCAGUAGAGCAGUCGUAAAAUUCAGCUCAGAGAAAGAGGCCGAAGAAGCUGCAAAACUGAGUGGAGUCUCAGUAAGGUAUCACAUUUUGAAGAUUGAAAAGGGGAAGCCUCCAGUUAUCGCAGAAAAUGGUGGCCACAAGGACAGUAAAUCUGAAGGAGCCAGGAGCAAGAUCGCACAAUCAAAGGAAUUAGCAGAUGAGACAAAAAGAAGAAAAGCACCAAAGGCACCUAGAGAAAAAACCUCUUCAAACGAUAAGUCUAGUCCACAUAAAUCGGAGAAAAGGAAUGAAAGUAAGAGGAGCUUCACUACAAAAGGAGAUGAUGAUCGUGAGUCUGACUAUAGAGAUAGAGAAAGGAUUAGAAGAGGAACAGGAAACACCAGUAGUACUGACAGCGACAGUGAUACCUAUAGCUCUAGGGACAGCAGUAGAAGUGGGAGCAGUGACAGGUAUAGAAGGCGUAGAGACUACACGCCCAGCAGAAGUCGCUCAAGAUAUAGGUCAAGGAGAGGCUCAAGAUACAGUAGAGGCAGGAAAGAGCAUAGAAGAGGGUACUCAAGGAGUCCAAGUGGAUCAUCGAGUUACUCUUGGAGUAGCAGCGACGACUCAAGGGGCAGUUACAGGAGAAGAGGCAGCAGAAGCACUAGAACCAGCAGAAGCAGAAGCUACGACAGCGACGAAAGUAAUCGGUACUAUUCCAGGGGAAGAAAAGGCGGCCGCAGAAGAAGAAGCAGAUCGAGGAGUGGAAAAGGAUAUAGAAGCAGACACAGAUACAAAAGGUGA